UGAACAUUGACGUUUUGUUGUUUGUUGUUUCAGCUGUUUAGCUUACAUGUAUCGUUUUACAAAAAUAAAUAAGAAACGUAAUUAUUAGCAACUGUAAUACCAUUUGAAUUCGAAGUAAUAAAAUCACAUACACAACAUAUGAAUAUCAUUUUAAGGCCGGGUGUCUUCAACAUCCAUAGAAAUAUGUCCGAAAUGGUAGGAAGGAUUGAGUACACUAUACGGAAUAAAUUGCUAACCUUACUCGACGCUAAACAUUUGGAUGUGAUCAAUGAAUCAUAUAUGCAUAAUGUGCCAAAGGGAGCCGAGACGCACUUUAAAGUAGUCGUUGUUUCUGAUAAAUUUGAAGGACUGCCAUUAAUCAAGAGACAUCGCUUAAUCAACGAUAUUUUGAAAGAUGAACUCCAGAGUGGAGUCCACGCCUUAUCCAUUGUAGCUAAAACACCGCAACAAUGGGAUUCUAGUGAUAAAGUAGUUGAAAGUAGCCCUACUUGCAAAGGUGGAUUUGGCAAGUAGGUUUUAUUUAAUAAAUUAUUAUAUGCUCUAUUUAGAAUAAAUGUUGGUAUUUUAC